CUUUUGACAGGUAUGUGAAUUAAGAAAACUUUGAAUGGUUUAAUGAUGCUGAAAUUAACAAAUGUAGUAUUACUAUGAGACUGUACUUAACCCAUUUAUAUGCUGGAAAUGUAUGUCACACCACUGCAGGGACAAAACAUCAACUUUAUAUGGCUCUGCAAUAUGAUGGACCCCUGCCAAUUCUCUGACAUUUGUAAAUCCUGCCACAAGCUUGCAAGAUGCAAGGCUUUGAAUGAAUCGAAGGAGGCUUGCUAUUGUGACCACGGAUAUACCGGAGACGGUACAACAUUUUGUGAUGAUGACAAUGAAUGCCAGAAUGUGACAAAUAUCUGUGGCUAUGCAGGCAACUGCACAAAUACAAAUGGCAGUUUCUACUGUACGUGUUUGCCUGGAUACACAUCAACUGGACAGGCUAAGUUUCAGACGAAUGAUGGCACUGAGUGCAGAGACAUUGAUGAAUGUGAGGCAGGACAGGCCUGCGGUCCGAACUCACACUGCCAUAAUAUCAAUGGAUCUUUCUAUUGCACCUGUCAGCGUGAUUACAUCCCAACUUCUGGCACUAAGCACUUUCAUCCAGAGCGAGGUGGAAGAUGUAAAGAUCAUCCCCAAAAACAUUGCCAUGACAGCAUUGGAUGUAUCACACAGACUGUCAACAAAACACUUGAAUAUAUGAGCAACCUGACUGAGCCCCUAAGCUUACUGAAUGAAAUUGCUCAGCAGUCGUCUGGGGAUCUGACCUCAGUGGAAGUGAUUGCAUACGUUGAGGCUUUGAGCCGGUCCACGUCAUUGCUGGCCACAGGAGGAAAGGAUCAGGCUGUCAAACCGACUGUUGUCCACUCAACUCUCAAAAAAUUAGUUAAAGCGGUAAACAACUUGGUGGAAAAGGAUGAACUGGUGGCGUGGGACAGGAUUAAAGAAGAGCGCCGGGGAAAAACGAUUACCAAGCUGCUGCAUGCUGUUGAAGAGAGUGCUCUCACUUUGGCCAAAAGCCUCCGAACUCCGAAUGAUCUUCAAAUUAAAGACACACAAAUGGAAAUGAGAUUGUUCACUUUUGAUGCCAGUCACAAAAAAGACACACUGUCUUGCACCAUGGGAGGGGACCGCAUGACUUUAACGCCAAUGAUUAGACCAGAGAAGGAUAGUAAUGAAAGCGUGUCAGUGGUAUUUGUGCGAUAUGACAGCAUGGCAGACAUCCUGAAGUCAAGCAUCGACCCGGGUGUCACCGACAACUUGCGCUAUGCAGAAACGGCGGAAAUCACUGUCAACUCCCAAGUGGUGGCAGCUGCCGUCAAACCUGCUGACGUCUACCAGCUUGACCAUGUCAUCUUCACUCUGAGACACGUUGAGCCAGUCGACACCAAAGUUGAUGUUACCAAGUGCGCCUUCUGGGAGUACACAACCAACACCCUGCAGGGUCACUGGGCCACGCACGGUUGCAAGACCGUCCACAUCGACAGCAAUGCGACCACAUGCACUUGCAACCACCUUACACAUUUUGCUAUCCUCAUGUCCUCGGGGAGAGCCAAUGUAAGGUUCAUCACCCACCAAACAGUCCUGACCCGCAUCACCCAGCUGGGGAUGAUCAUCUCUCUCAUCUGUCUGUCCAUGUGCAUUUUCACCUUCUGGUUCUUCAGCGAGAUCCAGAGCACCAGGACCACCAUCCACAAGAAUCUGUGCUGCAGUCUAUUCAUGGCCGAGUUCAUCUUCCUGGUGGGGAUCAACAUGAACAAACACAAGAUCUUUUGCUCGGUUAUUGCGGGGCUGCUUCACUAUUUCUUCCUAGCAGCUUUUGCCUGGAUGUGCAUCGAGGGCAUCCAUCUGUACUUAAUAGUGGUUGGCGUCAUCUACAACAAAGGCUUCCUGCACCGUAACUUUUACAUCUUUGGUUAUGGAAGCCCGGCAGUGGUCGUGGCCAUUUCAGCAACGCUAGGCUCCAAGUAUUAUGGCACUGAUAAAAUGUGUUGGUUGAGCACAGAGAAUCACUUCAUAUGGAGCUUUAUUGGACCCGCCUGUUUGAUCAUUCUGGUGAAUCUGCUAGCCUUUGGAGUGAUCAUCUACAGAGUGUACCGGCACACGGUGGUGAAGAAGCCUGAAAUAAGCCACUAUGAGAACAUCAGGUCAUGUGCCCGUGGAGCCAUAGCGUUGCUCUUUGUGCUAGGCGCCACUUGGACCUUCGGGGUGCUGCACAUACUCUACGAAAGCACGCUGACCGCGUAUCUGUUCACCAUCACCAAUGCCUUCCAGGGCAUGUUCAUUUUCAUCUUUCUUUGUGUGCUCUCCAGAAAGGUUCAAGAGGAAUACUACAGGCUUUUUAAAAAUGUGCCAUGUUGUUUUGAAUUCUUCAGAUGAAGUCAUGCACUUGAUCAAAGUGAAAAAUAAUAUUCAAGACCACAAUACAGAUUUUAAGUGAAUGUGAACAGUAGUGCUAAAAUAUCUCAUUCCAUACAAUGUAUCUGUUAAUAUAUCUGUUUUGUUGCAUGAGAUGAACAAUGCCAACCAUUUUUUCUUGAGUAUCCCUGCAAUCAACUUACAUUUACCUUUUGUUUUGUUUUGUUUUGUUUUGUUUUGUUUUGUUUUGUUUUGUUUUGUUUUGUUUUGUUUUGUUUUGUUUUGUUUUGUUUUGUUUUGUUUUGUUUUGUUUUGUUUUGUUUUGUUUUGUUUUGUUUUGUUUUGUUUUGUUUUGUUUUGUUUUGUUUUAAUUUCAUGUCUGUUGUACCUUAAAUAGCAGAACUGGCCUGCACUUAGCCGACACUUGUUUCUAAAUGUUAAAUUAAUUAUAAAAAUGAAAUUAGCAAA